AUGACGUCUCCAUCUGGUCGCAUCAACCCCUCUGCGCAGAACGGGUUCAGCAAUGCCGCCCUGUAUGACAAGCAUCGCCCUUCGUUCCCCGCCCACAGCGUCUCUGUCCUGCUCGACGGCGUACGUGUCGCCGACAGCCCUCAAGCCACAGUGGUGGAUCUUGCGGCGGGCACCGGCAAGUUCACUGAGCUCUUGGCCGACAGAGAUGAGGGGUACGAGAUCAUUGCCAUUGAGCCGCAUGCCGACAUGCGCAAGGUUUUGGAGGACAAGCACCUCAAAGGCGUCAGCGUCCAAGAUGGUCUCUCCACCGACAUGAAGUCCUUGAAGGAUGAGAGUGUGGACGCCGUUAUAGCUGCCCAGGCAUUCCACUGGUUCGCCAAUAGAGAAUCCCUGGAAGAGAUCAAUCGUGUGCUACAACCUCACGGCGCCUUCGGUGUGAUCUGGAACAUUGAAGACUACAAUGCACCAAAAUCGCACUCUGCAACCACAGCCUGGGAGCAAAAACUCCAAGACCUAAUCCUCUCCUUCGACGAUAACCAACCUCGUUUCCGCCACGAGAAAUGGCGCUCGGUCUUUGACUCGCAACUCUCUGGCAACCCUCUCUCCAUCGUCACAACCACUGAUCCUCUCUUCGCUCUGCCCCUUGCAGAAAACGUCGAGAGGUGGAGUGUUUGGUUGACCGAGGAGGCGCUGUGGGACAGACUUAGCACAUUGAGUCAGAUUGCCGUGUUGGAGGGUGAGGAGAGGGAGAAGGUGAGAAACGUGAUCAAGGAGGCAUUGAAGGGGAACGAUGUGCAGAGGAAUGAGAAGGGUGAGGUGGAGUUGCAUGGUAUGACUGUUGCGGCGUGGACGACAAAGAUUCCGCAGAAGGGUGCUGAGAGUCUUUUCACUACCGUCAAGGACGCUUUGGCUGGCAGAACUUGA